CUCCCCUCCGCGACUGCACAGACCCUCGUACUAGCUCAAGAUGGACAACCCCGUCACCGACAUCCGCCGCGCAGUCCUCGAGUGCGCCGCCCAGGAGGACGCCAAUGACAUGCUGCAGGCGGUGGACAAGUACUUCGACGAGCAGGCCAUCUUCGUCUACCCGCUCCUCAACUCGCCUCCGGCGGCCGGCCGCGACGGCGUCAAGGCGGCGUACAAGAUGCUGCGCGUCCUCUCGUACGGCCAGCGCUUCGACUUUCACUCGGUCGCGUCGGACCGCAUCUACGUCGAGAAGGGCAUCGAGAAGCAGAAGCUCACGCUCGACGUGACCGAGCACCUCAAGCUCUCGUUCAUCCCGCUCCCGGACCGCCUCAACCCGUCACGAUCCGCUUCCUCACGCGCCUCGACCUCGUCAAGGGCGAGGACGACAAGUGGCGCAUCGAGAAGCAGGAGGACUCGCUCGCCAACUCGGGCCACCACAUCCUCCCGUUCGACCGCGAGAUCGUCAACCUCGCCAAUGGGGCAUGGGCACGGCCACGCUCGUCGUCGGCGGCACCCUCGCCAAGUUCAACCUCUUCAACUGAGCCAUUCUCGCCCUCUCUUCCUCCCUCUCUCCCUCGCAUAGCUUUCCCCUCUCGCCCUCGUCCUCGCUUGAUGGCACGCCGUUCUCCCCCCCCUCUGCUUAGCCCUGUCGUUCCUCCUCGUCUCGUCCGUCCUCUCUGCCGUCGUCGUCGUACCCCCCGCCUCGUCGUUCCUGUUGCUAGUUCUACACAGCCCUUUCUCUCUCUUU